UAGGGCCCAAUGGCCCAAGAAGAGCAUUUCAAUCCAACAGCGUCAUUUCGAAGGAGCUCAGGAUCUCAAAUCUCUGAGCCGAUAUUUUUAGGGUUUAAGGAAGACACCACUGCCAGCCUCCCGGUGUUUGUUUCAACUCUCCACCCAAUUUCCAAACCAGCGAGAGAUGGCGUCGUUUUUCGGAUCAGCAAUGCGGGCUGGCUCGAGGACCCUAGCUUCUCGAUCUAAAACCCUAACUUUAAAGAGCCUAAUCCCAAAUCCUUCAACAAGAUCCCUCCCUCGGGCCUCAAGGAUUGUUUCGGCGUUGGGAGGAUUAGAGUCGAUGAUGCCACUUCAUAGUGCCAUUGCAUCUGCUCGCCUGCAAUCAAGCAUAGCCGUCGAUUCCUCCUGUUGGAGCUGCCUCUCUCAAGGACUUGCAACACCCUUGUGACAAAGCUGGAUACUUUGUGGGACUGGGACAUUAAGAGCAUAGGGUCUUUGUUUUUGAAAGCUCUGUCAAGGGAUUUCUGACAACUGAAACUUCUUCAGCUCCAAUGUCUUAGCAAAUGAUUAGCUACCUUUGCAGCAUAUUGGGGGGUUUUGUUGUUGAUUUGUGAUGCAUCUGAUUUAGACCUUUUAUAUGCUUUGGAGGAAUCACUGCCCAAAGCAAAAUCCAUUUUACUUUAUUUACAAAGUGAACUUCUAAGCUUUCUUGCUCUUAA